UGGAGGGUGCGGACACAAACUUCACUCAGGCAAAGUGGUUCUAUCAUCAGUGGAGCUGAAGUCGCCACCGACGGUCCUGCAUGUUUUAUUGACUGUGGGUACAAAAGCUGAUUUUAUCACACGUGUCUGCAGGAGAACAGUCUCAGGUUUGUGUACCCUCCCCAUAAAGCAGCUGGACUCAGAACUGGGUGAUGGGGCCUCAUCUUCAGCAGCCUCCUCAAGUCCAGCCGGUCAAACGGCGCUGGAUGCUGGCCAGCUGUGUAGUCACCAUCGUCUCCCUCAACCUGCUGCUCUGGACUCUAGGGACCCACACAGACGUCGACUUCUGGACCAGGCUUUCAGAAGCUCCGGCUGAAGCCUCACGGUUCCCUCAACGCUGUGGUCCAGGACAAACUGCUCCUCCACACCAGAAGGUGUCUCUGACUCUGGUCAACGGGACGCACACCCGACUGGUGUCGGCUUAUCGCGAGCAUCGCAGAGGAAGCACAGAGGUCCGCGUCAUCGCCAUAGUGCUGAGGAGCGAGGAGCCCGACUACCGCUGCCUCCUGUGCUGCCAGGACCAGCUGCGCAUCUCCAGAGGCGCCGCCAACGUCCACUCCAACCACUUCUGGUUCGCCUACGGGACCGCACACAUCACGUGUCCUCUGCCUCCGGGCUGCGAGGCCGCGUCUCACGUGGCGCUGGUCUCGUCCUCGGCCUUGUAUGAAGAUCUACUGCUGGACUACGUGGAGGUGAAGAACCAGGAGGUGAGGAACCAUUCCUUCCCCUUUGAUUUCACCGUCUGCAUCUCUACAAUGUUUGAAUUCACCAACGUGCUGCAGAUGGUGCAGAGUUUGGAAAUGCUGCAGCUCCUGGGUGUCGACAGAGUAGUUAUCUACAAGAGCAGCUGCAACGCGGACACGCAGCGAGUCCUCGACUACUACGUUCACAAAGGUCUUGUAGAGCUGGUCUCAUGGCCUCUGUCCAGACUCAUGAACGUUUCUCGGAGCUGGUUGCCUAGUUACAGCCCUGGCGACAUCCACUACUUCGGCCAGAUCCCUGCUCUCAACGACUGCGUCUACAGAUACAUGUACCAGUCGAGAUACGUGGCGCUGCACGACCUGGACGAGCUCAUCCUGCCCCAGACGGUGGACAGCUGGACGGCGCUGCUGCCUCUGUUAGAGGACGAAUACGGAGCAGACAAGUGCUACAGGUUUGAGAACAACGUGUUUCCCAACACUGUGAGGAACCCUCCCCCUUCUCCCCCCGGUUCUCCCCCCGGUUCUCCUGCGCCCGUCGCUAGCUGGCACGGCGUACCUGGCGUGGACAUCCUGGCUCACCUGCACCACGAGCCCGUCAACCGUAAACUGCGACACUACGGCGUCAAGUACAUCGUGAACCCGCGGGUGGUGGUCGCCCCCACGGUCCACAACCUGCUGUCCUCGCAGAACGGCUGCUCCAUGGUCGACAGUGCCGUAGGACGCAUGUACCACACCAGGUCUCCCAAAACAAAGAUUCCUCCGGAGCAGCUGAUUUUCGACGGCAGACUGCUGAGCUACAGCAGGCGUCUGGUUCCGGCCGUCACCGCUGUGCUCAGGGAGUGCGGCAUCAUAUCGACCGACGGCUCCAAGUAAACCUGUGCUUCCUGUGGUUCCCUUGACGCUGUGUCUUGUUCUGUGCUUGAGUUUUAAGUCAUUUUGUUAUUGAUGAGGUUCAUUUUUCAGUACAUUUUAUUCAUAGCCUUUCUGAGAAAGCUUCAGAUGAUCAGCUGAGACCCCUUUAAGAGCAAAGUAGUCAAACUGUGGGAUUAUAUUUAAGUAAUAUUUUUACAACAAUCAACUUUAAGCAGCUGUUACAGCAUCUGGCUCCACUGACGGACCUGUUUAACAGAUUUCUAUGUGAUCAGGAGUUUCCUUUCAUCUCAGGACGUUUGAGCGCUAGCAUUUAGCAGCUGAUGCUUGUGUCCUGGCCAUAGACUUAUCAUCUACCUGUUUGACAAACGCCAGUUGCUCAUGGGCGCGUGUGCAGGAAGGUGAGGCUUCCACCAGGUGGCGCCGUCUGCCGCUCCUGGUGCUCAGUGUUUAUUUCAGUAGGAGAGGCCUCUGAGCAGAACAAGAUGUGGAAACUAGAUGUUGUUGUUUCUGUUGGUUGUGUUCAUCACAGACAUUGUUAAAACACCUCUAUCCUGUGAAUAGAAAUGGUUAUGUUGUUCCAAAUAAAUCAUUUAGAAACGUAGAAACUGAUCAGUGUGAUGGACAAUUAGGGGAAGCAGCUUUUUUACUGUGAUGACGAUGACACGUAUGACUCAUCAGUCGUCAGCUGAGCUCUGAGUCUCGACCCAGACUGCCACUGGCUCAUAAACACAGUGCUGGAGAUCUGUCCCACUGGACGGGUGUCCCUAAUAAAGGGGCCAAUGGACACACCAGGAGCUGUGGCCCCUCAACCUCGCUCCCAGGCCCCUUCCCCUUGUUUCCCAUUGACACACAUUAGCAUACAGAUGUUAGCCUGAAAAGGGAAAGCAGGGCCACACAAAGGGGGGGGGGGGUGCUCACCCAGCCCUUGGCCUUUUUAGGGUCUUACACACAACCGGGUAUUGAAUGGUAAGUACCUGAGGGGGUCAGGUCCUGCUUCACACUGAUAUUCAUUUAGCACCUAAAUGCCAUCACACACACACACACACACACACACACACACACACACACACACACACACACACACACACACACACACACACACACACACACACACACACACACACACACACACACACACACACACAGGGGAGGAUCCAAACCCCUGCUCCACUUUGUCUGAAUAGAUGGAAUCAGUCACCAGUAUCUUGGCAUCAUUGUGUCCUGGGACGUCUUUGUUCCAGCAUCUGUUGCCCAAACACAUUUCACUCACUUCAAAUUGGUCUGUUCACCCCCCCCCCUCCACACACACACACUGGAGGGCUGAAAAACUCUCUGGAGGGAGAAUAAGUUUAUCUUUGUUGCUACAGUUACAGUGAGACACAGAAGAUCUGAUGAUGUAAAGGACCUGAAGACAGCAGCAUUUGAGAUCAGGCCCACGACCAGACUUUAAGGCUCAGUAACUUUAAUGUUCAUGUAGAAAUGAAGGACCUGGACACGUCAGCUUUCCAGUUAUUACUGAGACAUGGUCAGGUUGAGGCUGAAGUUCCAGUCUGUCCUACAGCUUUAAUCUGGACUAGGUCAGACUGGUAAAACAUCUCAGGCGUCCUGUUUAUGAUCACAGAAUGAGAUGCUGAACUUUCAUUUUUUAAAACCU